UCAAGAAAACCACAAGCGUUAUAAUCGACUGCACUCGAGACAUUAAUACAAUUGAAUGGCAUGUUAGAACGAUUCCCCGUCUUAUCGGCGAAACCGGGAGAUGAGGUUAUCGAGGACAGGUGCGCGGCGAUAUCAUUAAGAGUAUUGUGUUCAGUCAUACCGUGCGAUAGUCUGCCACUGACAACAACGACCCGGAGAUUUGUCGUCUUCCCCUUAGGAAACUUUAUUUUGAUUUUGUGAUCUUGAUGAUCUAUGCGAUCAACGUAGAGACAGUUUCAUUUCCAGUCAUUGUGGUAUUCGUUCCUUUUACAAUAAAUUGCUUCAGGUUUUACCUCUUAAGGUUUCUAUCAAAAAUCAUAAAAACAGAGCGAGUGGAAGUGAGACGUGUUAUCGCUAAAAAUCGUGAUAUUUUGCGCGAGUGUUUUCGUUCAUUAAUCAGAUAACCGGUUGACGCGUUCCAUUUGUUGGGCGUCUGAAAAAACGUAAAAGGAAAAAACAAAUAGGCAUUUCGCGAAAAGACACAAGAUGUCGAGAUGAUUCGUAUCGGAGAGGAAAGAAAUGUGGAAUCGUGGUGGAACUUUGAUCAGAGACGCGGAAUUACGCCCGAGAGUGUUAACGGUUUCGCGAACGCGUUGCAAAUCCAAUUUUCCCUGAAAUGGCAGAUUGAGCUAAGAGAACUUGCGAACAUCUUCAGAUGAGGUCGAUCCUAAAAACGAAGAAUUUAUGUAAUUUUGGAAUUGGCGAAGUUUCGACCGAGGUUUCAUCUUCGGUCCACUGUGACCCAUUAACGGAUCGCGUGUUGACUCGACAUCGGUUUAUCGAGUUGUCAACUCGUAGAAUGUCUUGUUUACUCGCGAUAAUUAUUUCCACGGAGUAUACAAACUCUUAAAAUAGACUACCGUCGGUUUUGAAUCGUUCCUGAACUGUAGCACGUGCAAACAUUCGUUUCGCGUGUAUCCUUUGUUAAAUGCUCGACGUUAGACGAGCUAUUCCUUCGACAAAAAGAACUGGUUUAACGUGACAAAGACUUUUUGUAUUCAACGAUCAUCAUGGACGACACGGACGAUGUGCACGAUUUUUGGAAGGACUGGGAUUUGAAAAAUCUCACGGAGGCUGAGUACUUGACCAAAGUACUAGGGCCUAAGUAUCUUCCUCUGAAGAUGGUGAUACCGCUCACCAUCACGUACGUGGUGAUUUUUGUUACUGGUAUCUUUGGAAACGUUGCCACGUGCACUGUCAUCGUUAGGAAUCCUUCCAUGCAAACGGCCACCAACUACUACUUGUUCAGUCUGGCUAUAUCUGACCUUACUCUACUCGUACUGGGAUUGCCCAACGAAUUGAGCCUUUUCUGGCAGCAAUAUCCAUGGGCGUUAGGAGUCGGUCUUUGCAAAAUCAGAGCAUACGUGUCGGAAAUGUCGUCUUACGUAUCGGUCCUUACGAUAGUGGCCUUUUCCAUGGAAAGAUAUUUGGCCAUUUGUCACCCGCUACAGGUUUACACGAUAAGCGGUCUCAAAAGACCGAUACGUUUCAUUUUAGCUGCAUGGUCGAUCGCAUUGGUCUCAGCGAUACCGUUCGCAAUUUAUACGAAAGUGAACUUAGUCGAGUACCCACCAGGUUCCGGAAACUAUUCAGCCGAUUCGGCGAUUUGCGCGAUGCUUCUGCCGUACAUGCCCGACUUCCCCCUGUACGAGUUAAGUACCAUCGUGUUCUUCCUGGUGCCGAUGCUUAUUAUCCUCGUCGUGUACACGAGAAUGGGUCUAAUGAUUAGAAACAGCGCGAAGGAAACCUUGAACUCGGUCACACACGGCGCGAUUCAUGGAGAUGCCAAACAGGUUCAGUCCAGGAAAUCCGUCAUCAGAAUGCUGAGUGCUGUAGUAAUUUUAUUCUUCGUGUGUUGGGCUCCGUUUCACGCCCAACGACUGUUAUAUGUUUACGCCCAGGAGUCUGACUACUAUCCGGAUCUGAACGAGUGGUUGUAUAUUUUAAGCGGGUGCCUCUACUACUUCAGCACAACCGUGAACCCCAUUGUGUACAAUUUAAUGAGCAUGAAGUACCGGCACGCGUUCAAACAAACGAUUUGCUGCAAAACGAAGAGAAAAAGCCGGACCGCGAACUCUGAGAACUGCCGUAACAAUUCUAACGGAAAGAUACGCAAUUCGAGUUUCAAUAAAAUUAGGUACACUAUCAGCCAGGCGAAAGAAAUGUUUCGAUUCACCGCCAGUCGAGAAAACAUGGACAAAGAUGGGAAUAUGAAUGAUAACGUCUCUCGUAAAUCUUGCGCGUUAAGAAAGGAAGACCCGACGUCUAAACCACUUCUCGAUCGAAUACAUUCCGUUGUACAGGAACAAAAUAGCAAUUCAAGCACCGCGUUUCAUACCGAAACAGAGAAAUCCAUGUCUACGACUACCAGCGCUUUGUGAUGUAUGCACAGAAAAGUUUAGCGGUUGUUCAAACGUUACGAGAGAUUAUUGUAAAUAAUUGGUGAAUUUACCAGCCGUAUUAUUUCGGCACGAAUUAUUUAUUUUCUGACGGAACCUGUGUAUUAUAUACUCUUUUAAGUCGAUUUGUACUCAAUUAUGAAGGCUACAUAUUUAAUAAAAAUUUAGUUUAAAGAUUUAUAUAAGUAAUACGAAUUGUUUUGUCGCACUUUUUCAAUCUCUGUUCUAUGUAUACUUCUUUGAUCAAAGUUCUGUUUCGAAGGAAACUCAAUAAAUACAGUGCAAUUAAAAUGCGACUUUUAACGCGUCAAUAAAUCGCAGCUGUUCAUAAUUUU